UCUGCACAAUUGUUGUUACUUCCCGGAAGGCAUCUGUGGCCAUCCACGCCACACUCCCUGUGUGGAUCAACAGCUCGGCGUGCGGCCCGGCCAUGCAGCGGGACGACUGGGUGGACACCUCGUACCGGCAGGCCGACUACCAGCCGCCGGCGCCCGGAGACCUCAGCAGGCUACCCAGCGCCGUCCGCCGCCUCAGCUGCGGCCCCCGCAACACCUUCCCGUCGGACAUCGGGCUCGCCGACAACACCGCCUGGGACCAGUCUGGCACAUCCGGGUCUUCAGAGUCCAGCGGCGUCGACGAUGACAUCAAGGAGGGCACGGAGGCAGCUAGAGAGUGGGGAAAGCCACCUCCCUCGCCGCAACGGGCGCGCAUGCCGUCCGCGACGCGCAGGCUGGGCCGCACACCAGUCGCUUCCCCUGACGAGCGGAACGCGGCCUACUCGUCUGACGAGGAGAGCCGCAGUUACUGGACCGAUGAGGAGGGUCCGCCGAUGCCUGCCCAAUUCUGGUCUGCAACUCGCCAACGCCAGCAGCUACUGAUGGCGGCAAGCCCGGUCGUAGAAGAAUCGCCGCCGUGGUGGUGGUACCCCUGUUACCACUCUGAUCCGGAGACCCCCUGGUAUGACCCGAAAGUGAAAUUCGGUGGUGAUAGUUUUUGGGAUCCGGUGUUAUGUGCUGAUCACAUCUACAUCGCGUGCAAGAUGGCUGUCACUGACGCCAUUAGCAAUCAAGAGGAGCUGUUCGCGAAAGCAUGGGACACAAGCUUGACGAACCUGCGAGAAAUGUUCGAGGAUGUCGAUUAUGACUGGAUGCCGAAGAUUGCCAAGAGGCCAGAGAAACCAGUCGAUAACAACCACUACAUCAAUUCCACGUUCGACAGGGAGAUGAUCGGAUGUCAUAAUAAUUUACAAAUCGUUAGCGUUCCAGUUGAUCAGAUUAUCCGCGAUCAACAGAGGAGCAACGGUGACUUUCUACCGAUAUGGUUCUCGGUGAAAACUCAUCUGCGUCAGGUGCUGUGCGACGCAGAGUGCGGGCUAUACCACAUGAACAUUCCGAAGCGAGACGUGCCGAGGAGCGUGAUGCCUGAUUCGCUUCGCGACCUCCACGGCUUCGACCAGCAGCUGCGCGACUGGAUCAUCUUCCGUGACUACAAGAACAUCAUGCAGUUCUACGAGCACAUCUUCCUCCGCCACGCCUUCUACCAGUGAAAGGGCACCCAGCCGAGUCGCUGCAGUGUCGUGCACCUCAGCCGCUCGCAGCCCGUUCUGGUUCCGAGAUACAUGUCUCGCUUACGAAAGUAUAUUAAGUUGUCCCUGUUGUCAGAAUGGUCUGAAUAAACACCAUUUUGUUAAAUGUCCGAACAAAAGAGCAAAAAAAA